GCAAAAGAGAGAGAAGGAAAGUGAGAGACUGAGGGGAGGGAGAGAGAAAGGAGAGAAAGAAAAGAGGAGUUAUUAAGGGGGGCAGCAGAAAAAGAUUGUCUCAGAGUCGUCAGCAGAAGUGAUGGACUCAGCACAUAGAAAGUGAUAGUCUUCUCCUACUGGGCUACAGAGAGCACACUGACCAGACAAUGCUGGCCUCUCACUGCCUGCUGCUCUCUCACUGCCUCUGAGGAAACUACCCAUUACAUCUAACACAUUUGGAUGUAUUCUCUUUUAAUUGUCAACUAUUGAGUGACAGGGUUUACUCAGGUGCCAAAGAGCAAGUGAUCCAGAGAGAGAGAGGGACAGCCCCAAGCAGCUUUUACACAGACUGGUGAUGACUUUCUUCAAGGGGACACGUCAAUCAGUGUUGCCGGGAGGGCAAGGGAACUGAAGGGGAAACAAGCUACAGUCUACAAUUAUCUGGUGUGUGUGAGUGAGAGCCCUUCCCAGACUGAUGGAGCUCCCCGUGGUGCUGCUGUUCCUAGUGUAUGGUCUUGUCUCUGGAGCCAAGCAGCCCCAGGGUCCGAGGAACCCUCAGGAGAGCAACCCCCAGGCCAGGAGCAAGGAAAGGGAGAGCAGUGAGGAUGGCCUGGAGAGAGCGUUCCUGUAUGCUGGGCAGAGGAGCAGGCGAGCCGCCGCCGAACCCCAGCAGCCCGACAAGUGUUCCUACACCUUCAUCGUUCCCCAGCAGAAGGUGACAGGGGCCAUCUGUGUGAACCGCAAGGAGCCGGAUGCAGCGCUGGAGAACCGCGUCAACAAGCAGGAACUGGAGCUGUUGAACGUGGAGCUGCAGAAGCAGAAGAAUCAGAUCGAGACGCUGCAGCAGCUGGUUGAGGUGGACGGAGGUAUCGUCAACGAGGUGAAGCUGCUGAGGAAGGAGAGCAGGAACAUGAACUCCAGGGUGACCCAGCUCUACAUGCAGCUGCUACACGAGAUCAUCAGGAAGAGGGACAACACCCUGGAGCUGUCCCAAAUGGAGAACCGUAUCCUCAACCAGACCUCGGAGAUGCAGCAGCUCACUAACCGCUACAAGGACCUGGAGCACAAGUACCAGCACCUGGCCACUCUGGCCAACAACCAGUCGGUCCUCAUCGCCCUGCUGGAGGAGCAGUGCCAGGGUCGGCCCGUCAGCCCCCCUCGCCCUGUUCCCGUCCCCCAGCCAAGGCCACAGCCCCCACCUGCACCAUCACCACCCAUCAACAAGCCCUACCAACCUCCCACCUACCCACGCCUCACCAACCAGAUCACCAACGAGAUUCAGAGUGACCAGAAGUCUGUACUGCCUGUCAUUCCUACCAUGCCCAGCGGCACAGGCAGCCCCUCUAUCACUACCAAACCCUCUGGGCCAUGGAAGGACUGCCUACAGGCCCUUGAGGAUGGCCACACGGCCAGUGGCAUGUACCUGGUGAAGCCAGAGAACGCCAACAAACUAAUGCAGGUGUGGUGUGACCAGAGACACGACCCUGGUGGCUGGACCGUCAUCCAGAGGAGGCUGGACGGAUCAGUCAACUUCUUCAGGAACUGGGAGACUUACAAGCAAGGCUUUGGGAACAUCGAUGGAGAGUAUUGGCUGGGCCUAGAGAACAUCUACUGGCUGACCAACCAGAGGAACUACAAGCUGCUGGUGACUCUGGAAGAUUGGUCUGGGAGGAAGGUGUUUGCAGAGUACGCCAGCUUCAGGCUGGAGCCUGAGGCAGACUUCUACAAGCUCAGGGUGGGCCGCUACCAUGGCAACGCCGGAGACUCCCUCACCUGGCACAAUGGCAAACAGUUCACUACGCUGGACAGAGACCAUGAUGCAUAUACAGGUAACUGUGCCCACUACCAGAAGGGAGGCUGGUGGUACAAUGCAUGUGCCCAUUCUAACCUCAACGGAGUAUGGUACAGAGGAGGACACUACCGCAGUCGCUACCAAGAUGGAGUCUACUGGGCUGAAUUCAGAGGAGGUGCCUACUCCCUGAAGAAAGUAUCUAUGAUGAUACGACCGAACCCAAACACCUUUCAUUAAAUAUCCAUAAACAAGACCAAGUAGCCCCUUUUCAAAACGACUUCCUCUCCACAAAAACCUCAAUUCAAACAACACUUGAACUCUGAAAUAAAGGCAUCUCACACAGCCAGAUCAAGAAGAUGAUGACAUAGAAAGUGCAAUAUCUAAGCCUCAGGCAGGACUCUUGGUGGAGCAAUAAAGGAGAAGCAGGGUGCAUCCUGUUGCUCCACAGACGAACACAUGUAACGGUGUGGCUGUAUGCUUGCUUCUCUCCCUUUAAAUGUAGUUCAAAUGUGUCUGUUUACCUAACUUUGAGCAAAGUGUACUACUGCCUUAGAACUGAUGGUACGGUGUGAUUCAUAUGAGAGAAAGCAGGAUGAAAAGAAGAGGAGAGCGUAUGUCAGUUCACAGUGCUCACACUAAGUAGCUUGGGACAGCAAUCUUAUAUCGUAGUCCGUAUGUUUUAUAGUGCAGAACAUAAUUUUAUGAGAAUGAAGUUGACGCAGGACAUUAUAUCCAGUGACUAACCUUAUGGUGUUUAAAUCAAGCUCUUCAGGUGAGUAAUUUAUAGGAAACAAUAAUCACAUUUCUUAAACCAUGGUAUAGACAGGUACUCUUAAUAUGUUAGCCAUAAUCUUUGUCAACAUACACAAUCUAAUGUCUAUCACUUAUGUAAAAGAUGGAAUAGAUACAAGAGUCUGCUCUACAGCACUAGUACUGUCAACAGUUAUGACCUGAUAUCUGGCUUACAAACUCAAAGUAAAAAUGAUUUAGAUCAUUCCAAUGAACAUACUGCUGGUGUGGCAGAGUGCAAGGUACAGGGAAUCAUGACAACUGACUUAAUCAUACAGUGCAUUGGGAAAACAUUCAAACCCCUUGACCUUUUCCACAUUUUUACAGACUUAUUCUAAAAUUAAUUAAAUAGUUCCCCCCCCCUCCUCA